AUGAAGAAGAUUACCAUUAUCACAUGCAAGUAUUCACAAAUUACAAGACGAUGCUUGUCUAGUCCUAUCUAUGCCAGACUGUAUAGUCUAUAUACUGGUAUCCUAUUUCUUGAUAGCAAAAGACAAAUCACAAACGAAAUCAUCCUUUAUGAAGCUUCAUCUACAUCUAUGUGUCUCGAUAUAACUAGAAAGAUAAUGAGUGAAUGGCGACAGGCUUUCAUGCAAGGUAGUUGCGUCAAGUUGAGAAGAGCGCCGGGAACAUCACUGCAAUACUGGGAAACCUCUCGGGCAAAUUUUGUCUGUAUACUAAAGGGCAUGCGCCUGGGAAAAACUUAA